CGACACCGGACCCCUUGCGCGCGCGCGAGCACAUACACAGACGCACACCUGCGGUCCAGGGGGUGAACCUCCAAGCAGAUGGAAAACCGAACUUCAUACAAUUGGUGACUGUGCUCCAGGCGUUGAAAGACAGAGACGUGGAAAGAGAGGGAGAGAGAAGUGGAUCGAGAUACAGACGGAUGUGGAGAGACUCGGAGAGACGUGGAGAGACUAAGCAAGAGGCAAGCAGGUUGUGAGAAGAGGACAAGCUUGGCCGCCCCUGGAGCCCCAGCCUCGCCUUCAUGCCCGGCAGGUGCCCCGCUUGGCCCAUCCUCCCAGGUACGCCUCAGCCUGUGCUGCAGGUGAUCUGAGUCAUAGGCCCCAGGUGACUCUUGAGGAGCAUCUGUAGACCAGAGGAUGGCCCAAGUCCUGCACGUGCCAGCCCCCUUCCCAGGGACCCCUGGCCCAGCCUCCCCACCCGCCUUCCCUGCCAGGGAGCCUGACCCGCCGUACUCCGUGGAGACGCCCUAUGGCUACCGCCUCGACCUGGACUUUCUCAAGUACGUGGAUGACAUCGAGAAAGGCCACACGCUCCGGCGAGUCGCCGUGCAGCGCCGGCCGCGCCUCGGCUCACUGCCCCGAGGUCCUGGCUCCUGGUGGACAUCCACCGAGUCUCUGUGCUCUAAUGCCAGUGGGGACAGCCGCCACUCGGCCUAUUCCUACUGUGGCCGUGGCUUCUACCCGCAGUACGGUGCCCUGGAGACCCGAGCCGGCUUCAACCCGCGCGUGGAGCGCACGCUGCUGGACGCCCGUCGCCGCCUGGAGGACCAGGCAGCUGCGCCCACUGGCUUGGGCUCCCUGACCCCCAGCGCGGCAGGCUCCACCAGCUCCUUGGUGGGCGUGGGGCUGCCACCCCCGACGCCACGGGGCUCGGGACUGUCCACACCUGUGCCUCCCAGCGCCGGGCACCUGGCCCACGUGCGGGAACAGAUGGCAGGUGCCCUGCGGAAGCUGCGGCAGCUGGAGGAGCAGGUGAAGCUGAUCCCCGUGCUCCAGGUGAAGCUCUCUGUGCUGCAGGAGGAGAAACGGCAGCUCACAGUACAGCUCAAGAGCCAGAAAUUCCUGGGCCAUCCCACAGGGGCCCGGGGCCGAAGCGAGCUCUGCCUGGACCUCCCAGAGACCCCCGAGGACCCGGUGACUCUCGAGACCCGGAGCGUGGGCACCUGGGUCCGGGAGCGGGACUUGGGGAUGCCCGACGGGGAAGCAGCCCUUGCUGCUCAGGUCGCCGUGCUGGAGACCCAGCUCAAGAAAACCCUCCGGGAGCUGCAGGCAGCUCAGGCCCGGCAGGCUGACCCCCCGCCCCGGCCCCGGCCACCACCAGACAGCCCCAUCCGCGUGGACACUGUCCGGGUGGUAGAGGGCCCUCGGGAGGUGGAGGUGGUGGCCAGUACAGCUGCCGGGGCCCCUGCACAGCGGGCCCAGAGUCUGGAGCCCUAUGGGACAGGGCUGCGGUCCCUGGCGACGUCUGGAAGGGUCGAGAGCCCUGCUGUGUUCCGCAGCCAUGAGGUGGUAGAGACAGCGUUCCCAGCAUCCACUGCGCCCACUGGCAACGUCCACCUGGUGAAAAAGAUCAGCAUCACGGAACGAAGCUGUGAUGGGACAACAGGGCUCCCACAGGCUCUGGCAGAGUCAUCCUCAUCACCCCCAGGAGUGGCAGUGACCCAUCUGGCACAGCCUGAGAAGAACGCGGGUGGAAUGGGCGCCCGUGAGGCUGCUAACACGGAGCCCACCAGGCAGGCAGCCUCAUGCAAGUCAGAGGAGGCGGGGAGUGCAGCUGAGCCCCCAGCAGGCGUGCGGUCCAUCAUAAAGCGCAGAGAGGAGUCCGCAGACCCCGCGGCCCACCGGAGGAGCCUGCAGUUUGUGGGGGUCAAUGGCGGGUACGAGUCCUCAUCUGAGGACUCUAGCACAGCAGAGAACUUUUCGGACAACGAGAGCACGGAGAGUGAGGCCCCAGAGCCAAAGGAGAAGGUUCCAAGUGUGGCCGAAGCCCCCCAGCUCAGGCCCUCGGGGACGGCGGUGGCCAGGAGUAGCCAGGAGGAGAGCCAGCUAUCUCGGGAGUCUCAGCAGGCGCCCGUGGCGGAGGGCGCGUCAGGAGCAAAUGCAGAGGAGGAGAUCCGGAUGGAGCUAAGCCCCGACCUCAUCUCAGCCUGCCUGGCCCUGGAAAAGUACCUGGACAACCCCAAUGCCCUCACUGAGCGGGAGCUGAAAGUGGCCUACACGACGGUGCUGCAGGAAUGGCUGCGCCUGGCCUGUCGCAGCGACGCACACCCCGAGCUCGUGCGGCGCCACCUGGUCACCUUCCGGGCCAUGUCGGCGCGCCUGCUGGACUAUGUGGUCAACAUCGCCGACAGCAACGGCAACACGGCUCUGCACUACUCUGUGUCUCACGCCAACUUCCCCGUGGUGCGGCAGCUGCUUGACAGUGGUGUGUGUCAGGUGGACAAGCAGAACCGUGCUGGCUACAGCCCCAUCAUGCUCACCGCCCUGGCUACCCUGAAGACCCAGGAUGACAUCGAGACCAUCCUGCAGCUCUUCCGGCUCGGAAACGUCAAUGCCAAAGCCAGCCAGGCGGGGCAGACCGCCCUGAUGCUGGCCGUCAGCCACGGGCGGGUGGACGUAGUCAAAGCUCUGCUGGCCUGUGAAGCGGACGUCAACCAGCAGGAUGACGACGGCUCCACGGCUCUCAUGUGCGCCUGUGAGCACGGCCACAAGGAGAUCACGGGCCUCCUGCUGGCUGUGCCCAGCUGCGACAUCUCACUCACUGACCGCGACGGGAGCACCGCUUUGAUGGUGGCCUUGGACGCUGGGCAGAGUGAAAUCGCGUCCAUGCUGUACUCUCGCAUGAACAUCAAGUGCUCGUUUGCCCCGAUGUCCGAUGACGAAAGUCCUGCGUCAUCCUCUGCCGAAGAGUAGCUGUGAGGGAGGCCAGGGGCACCUCUGCUUGGGGCCAGCCAGCCCCAGAGCCAGCUGGCCCUCGUCCCUUGUCCCCUCCCUCGCCAGCCCCCACGCAGACUCACCAAGGCCCACGUCUCAAAGGCAAGUGGAUUUUUCUUCCGCUUCCCAGGAGGAGCCCCCCGACAGCAGCAAGACUCCAGCUUAAAGCGGGUUUUUCCGGGUAGGCCAGUUCAAAGCCGCCGCAGUGCAGACUGAAGCUAAAUUCUUACGUAAAUCGGCGCCAGUGGCCAAGGCUGGGGCGUGGGUUUAUGAAGAACAUGGAGAACAAUCAACUGGCAAUUAUGGAUGGAGCGGGGUGAAAGGGAAAAUACUGUAUUUUGAGUCAUUAUCGGGGGAGGGGGGGAAUCAUAUUCCUUGUUGCCAAUUUUGAAAGUCACUGGAAUCGCAUAUUUUCAUUUUAAUCCUGAAUGUUAUUAUGCACGGGUCACGUCUGGAGUGGCUUAACGCCCCCCCCCCGCCUACCCCACAUUUAAUUGUCUGCUAUAUAAUAGUGUUUUGUCCACUCCUCCCCCCCUACCCCCCCGCAAGACCUCUCUUGGGAGAAUUUUCUUCUGGUCUUUUCACAAAACGGAUUCUGUCCUUGUCACUCAGGGCAGGAAGCUGAGUCCUUCCUUCUGCUUUCAAGUAAGGGAGCUCAGAACCCAGCAGCCGAGAUGUGUGAGCAGUUCACAUCAAAAAAUCACCCAGAAACCCGUCCCCUCCCUGCGUGGAGGCCCUGGCAAAUAUUAAUUUUCCUAGAAAAUCUUUCAGACCUGGGGACGCAGGAAAUGAAUCCAGUUCCCAGAGCAGCUGCUGAGUCCCUGGGUUUAGAACCCUGGUAACUGGGCCGUCCUCAGCCUCCCCAGACUCCAGAAUUUCUCUCCUCAAACGGGGGGGCGGAGAAAGGGCCUAUGCGCUUGCUAGCAAAGCAUAGGGCAAGCUCCAAAAACUCCAUGUGUGCACAAUUAAAAGUUGGCUGCCCCCGAGGGUUCCCAGUGCAAACUUAAAGAGACAGGGCUUUGCCGAAAACCAAACAAGGGCCAGCUGGGUUUGUUUUUUUUUUUGUUUUGUGUGUGUGUGUGUGUUUUUAACAACCUACAGGCCUUCCGGAGCUGCCUGGAACAGAGCCUGCUGGAAAUAGGGCUCGCCAGACACAGUUUCCUUCAUGGCCUGUUUUGUCCCCCAGAACCUUAACAUAGUUUUCUUUCCAGUUCCUUCCUUUUGUGAACAACAACAACAACAACAACAACAACAAACCAGGGAUGGAGGAUGGGUUCGAAGCCUUGAGAAGUGCCUUAUGACAGGGAGUAAGGUCCCCAGCUAAUAGGUGUCCCGUCCCCUCUCGUCCAGUUCUCUGAGCUCAGCCGCCAGGGUUGAAGCCAAACCACGGCCCUGAGUGCUCGUGUUCAUUCAGUAAAGUGAGGCGCUGGCUUUUCUCCUAGAAAAGUGGGUUUCUUGGCUUGAUGGCGUCUGGCUUGCUUUGAUUUUUGACUGAAGGGAGGUACCGAAGACAAAAGAGCUUGGACGGUCAAAGGAGACACCCUAGGUUGCGUGUGUGUCUGUGUGUGUGUGUGCGUGCGCACACGUGUGUAAAUCGGAGAGAAAACAAAACCAAAGCUGACCGGGGACAACUGCUCAUGUCUGACAGAAGGCCACAACUUGGGGCAGCUUUGAGAAGUGGUACAAGAGUUGUGUGCCUGUGUGUCUGGCCCCAGAGCCAGCAGUUAGGUUUAUUUUAAGCUCCUAGAAGCAGCUCAUUGACAAUCCCCCGCCCCCCCCCCCCAGAUAAGUCCAUAUUUAUCCCUGCUUUCCCUUCCCCUGCCCAUGGGGCUUGGUGUGCGAGGCUCCAGGGAUGUCCCGCCUUUGUCCCUGUGCUCUUCUCACGUGUAUUCAUGACCUUUAACUUCACUUUCCGGCCACGGUACGUCCAUAAAGACAGUAUUACACUUAAAUGAAGUAUUCCUUUUUGUAAUCGUGUUGUAGAAGGUAAAGGAAUUUAAUAAAGCUAUCUUAUGAUAACGUC